CCGUGGACUGGUUCGGCUGAGAUCGGCCCCGCAUUCCAUCCAUCCGCCCAUCGCCAGCAGCAGCCAUCGCAAGGCCACCUGAGGAAGCUGCAACCGUUCUGGGAAGCAACAAGGCACCUACAACAAUAUCUCAGGAUUCCCGUCACCCGGGGAGCGAUUCGGAGAGGGAUUCUUCUCUACGAGAAGGCUCAACGGAAAGAAAGAGCAAGGCCGUGA